AUGACGCUUCUUCUUCUGCUGCUGCUGCUGCGCCCGGCGCUAACGGAGCCCUUUCCAGCGGCAGGAUGAGGAUCCUCUCCGGAUGCGGCCGCUUCCAGGUGCUCUGGGCGGCUCUGGCCGUCUCCAUGACCAUCGGCUUCACCAUCCAGCUCUUCGGAGGCUCCUUGCAGAAGAGGCUUCUUCCCGUUCCCUGGGCCCCUCCACCCAAAGCCGAGGAGGCGUGGGGGGGGGAGGAGGAGGAGGAGGAGGAGGAGGAGGAAGUGCCCCCCAGCCCACCUGCCCCAUGCCAGCCACGCAAGCACCUCGUCUUCCUGAAGACCCACAAGACGGGCAGCAGCACCAUUGUCAACCUUCUGCAUCGCUUUGGGGACUCGCAGGGCCUGCGCUUUGCUCUACCAGCCCGCUACCAGUUCAGCUACCCCAACCCUUUCCAGGCCCGGCGGGUCAAAGGAUGGCACCCCAAGGGGCGCCCGUUUGACAUCCUGUGCCACCACAUGCGCUUCAGACUGCCAGAGGUCCAGAAAGUCGUGCACCCCGACAGUUUCUACUUCUCCAUUGUGCGGGACCCAGUGGCCUUGGCGGAAUCGGCCUUCUCUUAUUACCGGGGUGUGGCACCUGCUUUCCGUCGUGCUGGCACUCUUCCCGAGUUCCUGGCGUCCCCGCACCACUUCUACCAGCCUGGGGAGCGAGGGAACCACUAUGCCCGCAACCUGCUGUGGUUUGACUUUGGCCUGGACCUGCCAGUCAGCCCCGGCUCAGCGGUGAUCAAAGCCACUCUUGACGAGCUGGAGCGCAUCUUUCAUCUUGUGCUUCUGACAGAACACAUGGAUGAGUCCCUGGUUCUCUUGCGCCAUGCCCUGUGUUGGACCCUGGAUGACGUGGUGGCUUUCCGCCACAACCUGCGCAGCCCAGAGUCUGUGUACACGCUGGAGCCCAGCACCGCUGCCCGACUGCGGGCCUGGAACUACCUUGACUGGCACCUCUACACCCACUUCAACCGUACCUUCUGGGCUCGUGUGGAGCACUUUGGUUAUGCCCGCAUGGCCCGGGAAACAGCCCUGCUCCAGAAGCGCCGGGCAGAGCUGAUGCAGCGUUGCUUGCAGGGUGGGGGUCCACUGGAGCCGGGACACAUUGCUGAUGAGCGCAUUCGCCCCUUCCAGUUUGGUCAGGCUCCGAUCUUAGGCUAUGCCCUGCGGUCUGGCCUGGCCCCCGGAGACCAGGAAGUGUGCCAGCACAUGGUCACCCCUGAGCUCCAGUACAAGGACCUUCUGGAUGCCAAGCAAUUUCUUGCACCCUUGCAAGGCAACAGCUCCCAGCUCGGGGCAUUGAGGUAGUCUGGGCAGGCCUGUGGCAUCAGCGGGCACAGGGUGGAGAUCCCCGUUGUGCUCGGUCAUGGUGUGGGGCUUCUGCAGGAUUCUGCCUGACAAGUGCUGUGGCAGAGGCCAUGUCGGGGGCCAGCCUGCAGUGCCCUGACAAAACCUCCGCUUGUUCAUGAUGGGCACAAAGGCAUCUUGUUGCUAUGCUUGUAUUAAUCCCCCCUCCCCGCUCCCAGCAGAGUGGCACUGAAAUUUUCCACUUGUUGGAAACCUUGGAUCAAACUCAUUUGCCAUGACACCUGAAAUCAGCAAGCUGGAGUUGUUUCCUGUGGACUUCAGGUGUUCCCACAGGAGGAAGCGUGUGCAGUCACUCUCAGCGUGGGAAGGCAGGGAGGGUGCAGAGGGCAGGUGCAUGGAAGCAAGUGCACAAGAGCCCAUCCUGAACAAACGUGUGGUCACGGGAGGCACGAGGUCCCUGUCAGGAGCCGAAAUGGAAUGCCACACAAAAUUGAACGAGGCAGCAGAACACAUUUAGAGUCCAGUGGGGCACCUGAAGACCAGCAGAGGUUUAUUCUUCAAGAUGCGAACUUUCAUGUGCAGCAUGCAGACCUUCUCCUGCCUCAGACCCCAACAUUGCUGACCACCUGAAACUAGGUAGUUGUUUCUGAAAAUGUCGAGGUGGGCCCUCCGGGGUGCCAGGGGCUCAAUUUCCCCGCAGGCUGAGACGGCCCCAUGUCCCCCCCCCCCC